AUGCCAACAAAAAAUAAAAAGUCAUCUUUAGGGGAAGGAGAUCCUGGUUCCAGACGCUCAAGAGAAGUUAGUUUAAUUUGCAUCAUCAAACAAAACUAUGAAUUUUCAGUCUUCGUUUUCAAAUUCGGUCAAUUCGAGAGAUCUUUCAGUUUCCUCCGGAGAUGAGGUGUCUAACAAUGGGGAGUUGAACUAGUAAAAUCCUUUUUUUUUCAGGAUGUGGAACUCAAUCAAACAAUUGAAUUUCAAGACCCAGCCGAUAUUGUAGAUCACUCAACUGUUCGAGUUUUUUUUUUGCUUUUGUGAAUCUUCAAAUGAAAUGAUUUCGCAGGGCCGCCGAAGACCUCCCACGGCUUCACCGAAGAGAAAUAUUAACGUUAUUACAAAAACGGAUGAAACUUCAGAAUUGUUAGUUUUUGUCUGAUCAGUUAAUUGGAAUCUCAAAGAUCUUCUACUGAAUUUUUUUUGCUUGAAAUCAAAAUGAAAUAUUAAAUUAAAAGUAUUAAAUCCAUUAAAAGUCAAGUUUUGCAGGAACCUCCCAAAAGAAAAAUUUUUCUUUUUCGCAGUGACGAUCGCAGUUGCUUGUUUGGCUUGGUUUUACCUAACUCCACCUUCUACUCCUACUUCUGUCAAAAAUUUCCAUUCGAAAACUGUCAAUGAGGUUUCUGUUUCAAUAAUAACUUGAUUUUUUCUGUCAUUGGCUAGCAUUGAAUGAAAAAUACGAAUUUUUUUUCUCAUUUUUGGGUUCAUAAGCUCAUUCGCAAGCAAAAAGUUUUUUUUCUUCGAAGAGAGGUCUCCGUUCUUCUUCAAACUUUUGCUUAAUUCAAUAAAUAUAGUAAGUUCCAGCAAUACUAUAAGGAAUUCAUCAACCGGGCGAAGAAAAUGAUCACGGAGAAGUAUAGCGGAUUGAAAAAAGAGCAGAGAGCCAUUAUCAGUUACAUAGGGAGAAAAGUGAGUUCUGACCGUUUUGAAUUUUUUUUUUUUGCACUUUUAAAAUUUAUCUUGAAUCUUUUUAUGGCGUAGAUAAAGGCGAAUAAGCCUUAAAAAAAUCAUGAAAAAGCCAUUUUUUUAAUUUUUUUGACUGUUUUUUUAAAAUCUUCAUUUUUGAAAAAGUGUAAAAACGUAAUUAUUCACUACUCGAUCUACUUUUUUUAAUGUUAAAUUUUUUUUCCAGGCGUUCCUUGAGAAUGACGAGUCCCCUGUGGUAUUGAUCGCUGCAGGAAAACGAUCCGGAGAUUUCGUCGUCGACCUCAACGAGGUGAUUCUCGAGUCACAGAGUUCCAAUCGCAUUUGGAACUCGAUUCGGAUCGAUGAAAACACCAACCGCGCAGACUUCCACAAUCGCCUCAACACGAGUAAGAUAAUUCUAAGGAAAAAACACGAGCUUUUCUUUUUUCGACUUCAAAUCAUAGAGGAUCAUAUCAAAAUUCAGCUCUCGCGUCCCAAGUCGACGACGGGUUAGUAGUGCGCGGAGCAGCCGUGACCGACAUCCAAAAGCUGACGUGGGACGCCGUUUUGGUCCUUCACGCCUUUGCGGAUCACUCUUCUUUUAUUGUUAGUUCGAUUCCGAAUUUUUCUUUCAACGCUGUAGAAGGAGAAGAUGUUUGCUAUGGCGCUUAUUUAUAUUAGAUUGGUGAAAAGGGAAUGAAUUUUCUGUGAUAAAAGUUCGUUAAAUUAGAAAAGAAAGAAGAAUAAAAUAAAUUUAUGCAAAAAGUAUUCGCCAUUUGCAUCAACGACCUAUCUCCCACGUUCUUUUGUUAAAACGAACUUUUUUGAGGCUAAUUUCUUAUUUGAAAACCUAAUACAAAGAAAGGGAAAUCCUUAAGAUACGCAAAACAAAAUAAAAUAAGGGUGAUAUACAGCAAAAAGAUCAUACACUUAUCCCUUUGUCACUAAAGUACUCCUCGAUAACAGUAGUUAAAAAAAAAACAAGGUUUUAAUUUUCAUAAAAAUUGGCCAGAACAGGGAAUUCUUGAUGUGACAGAUAAACUUCCUGAAGAGUUAAAUCGGCAAAACUUAUUAGUUUUCGAGAAAGGAAACCUCAAAUUCAAAAAAAAAGCUUAUCGAAAAAGUCAAAAUAAGCUACUUUAAGGCUUUGAGCCAUCAUUUCUCAAAAACCAUAAAAUUGAGUAGUUUAAGAAUUUCAGGAUUUUUUUUCUAGACGUUUCUAAGAAAUUCCAAUCCGCAAAGUGUGACCUCCUUUGUCAGGUAGAACUUUAGAAGAGAAAAAUAGGAAAGAUUAAAUUGACUUUUGUAUUAUUUUUGUAAUUUUUUUAUUUAUUUCUGUACUGUCGAAUUCUUUUUACCUUUCGCUACAUUCCAGAUAAAGAAAACGCUGUUGUUGCUCUCGGUGCAGGGAAUUUCCGCCGUUGAAAACAGCGAUUGCGAAUCGAUAACAUUUAGGUAACAUAAUGAAGGUUUUGAAAUGAUACAAUCUUGGUUUUCAGGCAUUUGGAGGAGAACUGGAUCCAAAACGGAGGGAAUGCAGAUAACAUACCCCCGAUUUUGUCUCGAGUUGCUCAAAACGUGAUCUGUGUACCCUAGUAUGUUUAAUAUUUUGUCUUUCUUGUCAACCGGUAUAUUUUUUUUUGCCAUUUUCUGCUUUCAAACUCGACGAUUUAUUUUUUUUUAAAAUUGCCUCAGAUUUUAGAAACGAAAAUUCCUACCGUUUGCUGGAUAAAUCCUCACUUUAUAACUUCAUUGCCUCCUAAUUUCUAAGCACUAUUUAGUUAAUGACGGGUAUUUAUAAAACGAGACCGAUUCUAAGCGUAGAGCUCACUUUUUUUCUUGUGUCAAAUUUUUUUCAACUUGAUCAAAACUCCGAUGCUCGGGAGUUUCAAGUACAAUAAAUGUUUUUACUCAUAUCACGCGGAUUGAAGAACCUUUAUUCAAAUAGUUUUUCAAAUGGUUGCAGUAGUAGUUUUCCGUUAUAAUAAUUAUUCAGAAAGUUCAUUAAAAGAAGCCAAAGGAAGAUUGAAACGAAAAAAAAGAGAACUCUUUUUCAAUUCAAUUCAAUCCAAUCAAUUUAUUUUCGCAACAUCGGGAUGGUAUGGUGAGGUUGCAGGGAGGGAAUAAGACCACUAGGUGGAUUAACUAACCCCACCUGUGAAGAAAAAAAAAUUUUUGUGUGAGAAAAGAAACAGAACCAUAAUAAGUAGAUUUUGACAGGAAUAUUCUUACAUGUUCUUUUUACUGGUUCGAACUUCAAACACAGUUAGAGCAAUCUUUGAAAAAUUAAUGAAAAUGAUAAGAAAGGUUAAUCAGGGAACGUUUUUUAUUUAAAAUUUCUCGCAAUAGAUCUUUUUUCCGAGUCCGCUUUUUUUUUAUUUCCCAAUCCUGCUUCAAAGUCCGCAAAAUACUCAAAUUAUGACACAAAAGCGCUAUUUUGAACUUUUGAAGUGUCUAAACUUGAAAAAGCGUGAAAUGCUCUUCUUGUUCUGGAAUCAGGGGGUCCUAGAGUACACUUCAGCAAAGUUUCAGCAAAAUUUCAACCGGGGGGUAAAAAACGUUCCCUAGUUAGAUCCUAAAAGAUGAAAAAAAAGACGCUUCGAACUUCGGGAGGAUCCUCGAAGUUCACUGGACGCUAUCCAUUUUUAGAUACUCUCUUUUCUAGAAAACGGAGAAAUCGUGCAGAGUGAAGGUGAAGAUCUUUAUUUGAUAGAAAAAAGAGCAUUCUGGCUCAUUUUCCGAAAGUUCUAAAGUUCCAAAAAAAAAACGACUAUCCUUUUGAGCUGACAGUGAUUGAUUUUAUGAAAGUCAACUGAUUUUCAAAAAAAAAUUCCUUGGAACACAAAAGAAAACUCCCUUGGAACGAUCUCCUCGGAUCGGCCAAGGUCGAAAAAUCGAUUAUUCGGCUGGGACUGGCAACACGCGCUCGUCGCUGUCAUUAAAGGUGGCUGAGGUUACCUGCUGGUUCUCCGUGUAUGUAUGCACACGGGUGUUUCUCUUUGAAAGGUCACCUGUCUGCAUUCUUCCUGAGAAUCGUCAUAACGUCGCCCCCGUGUGAAUCAUCCUAUCCUCGGAGGGGAGUAUCAUAAAACCAUUCUCCAUAGUUUCUCAUCCUCUUCUUGUCAAUUUUCGAAAGAAUUCUGCACUCGGUAUCUUACUUGAGCUAGUUUAUGCCCCGCGAAAUUCAAAAUUACCUUUGAUUCUCCAACAUUUUGUUAUCUAUUUUUUUGAUUGGCUAGUUUAAAAUUCGCCGAAUAACUUUAAAUCGGCAUUAAAAUUAUCUUUUCUCCCGACUCAAUAUUGAAUUUAUCUUCUAGCUCGAGCGAUAUUUAAUGAUUAACGACCUUUUCUCUUUUUUUUUGCUUUUUGGAGUCUGGAUCAGAAUACGAGAAAAAGAUGGGUCCAAACGGUGGUCAAGUAUUUCUCCUGUUUUGAUCUUUCAAGAAAUGUUUGUCAAGAAACGGAAAGAAGUUGAAUCGUUGAAAAUGAGCCACCGUAAACAAAAAAAAAGACUUAAUUAGCAGAAAAAUCAUUUCCAAUCCUCUUAUUUUUUUUUAUAAGUUCAUUUCUCUGGCUGCCAGGCCGUGACAAGUUCUUAGAAAAAAAGAAAUGUUUUAACUGCUUUUUUUUCUUAACUUUUUUUCAAAACUUCCCAGUAAGCUUUCGGAUGAAAAAGUAUACAGCACCGAGGAAAAUGGGCAGUCACAGAGAGACUUUUUCCCUCCAGUAAAGUUCAGCAAAAGUUAUUAAAGCUUCAACUAUGCAAAGGGAAAGUCGAUCAAGGCGCCCAAAUCGGCGACUCUCGACGUCUCAGUCUCUCUCGAUUUGGCCGAGGCUCUGACGAGUCUCAUGUCGGUUCGGUUCCGCUAUGAUCAAACAACUUUUUCUCACUCUGCGCUUUCCGAUUUUCCUCCAUAUUCGUUGGCCAAUUUUUAUUGAUUCACCGUCGAAUAUCGUCCUCCAAUUGAAGGGAUAAUUUUGGGCCGACCACAAUUUUUUUUUUUCAAAAUUUUCUCUCCCACUGUAACGUUUUUUCAGUCAAAAAAAAUAAUUCUUGGAAAAAGUCUGAGGAAUUCAACGUACUGACCAUACUAGUGGUUGAUAAAAUGGCGCUGCAAGAUUUUCUCGAAGUUAUUUACCUUGCAGGAAAUGAAUUCUCAAUUGAAACAUCCACACAAGCUUUAUAUUAGAGCUUCAUUUUCAUAGUACUUUUUUUAAAUCGCUCAAAGUUUAGUAGGCGUUGAAUGUCUUCCACUUGUUGCUCAUCUCAAGUGUUUCGUGUCGCGAAUUUCUUCCUACCUUUUUUUCUUUAUGCCAUGCCCGAUUUGCUGCUGCCUUUCUCAAUUAAAAAUUUGGAUUGGCAGGAAAUUCUCGAGAACCCGGUUUUCCUCGCCCCUCCACCCAAUUCCUCCUUUUCCGUAUUCGCUGCUUUUUUUUUUGCUUUCGCUGUUUUCACUCCUAUUUUUUAAACCUGCUUUUUCAUUCUUCAAAAAAAUUUUUAAAUCACUUGAGUCAUAUAAGAUUCCAUAGGGCAAAUUUAUAACCCAUUUGACCAUCGUAACGACUGCAAACUCUUUAAAUUUUAUAACCCAAUCAGUUCGGUUCAAAUUUGACUAUAACGACGUCAAAACGUCUUCUUUUUUCACACUGACCUCGCUAUUAAUGGGAAGGAUUUCCUUGGAUAUUAUCUCAGCCAGCGUUAAAUGGACUAUUGUGUCUUCCUGAAACACGAAAAAGUGCAACGCGAAAUGAUUUUUCGACAGAUAUGCCGAUCCCGAACUCAUCUAGCUAUGUCGUCUCCCGAAACCAUUCACAUUCCUUCUUUUCAACAAAAUUUCCGCCUGUCCUAGUUUGUCAAAAUAAACAAUAAAAAAAUAAGCUGACAAGUUUAAACGGAAUUAUUCUCAUUGCUUCAUUUCAACUAUUCCGUUUGAUUCGGCAUUUGAAAAAGAAGAUUAUGCUGUGACUAGGGCAGAAGACAGUUUGAUGGCCCAAACGAUUGCAGAAAAAGACGUAUGUAGCGCGUGUUCAUCAUAAAAGCUUUUGAAGUUGUUCCGAAGAAUAUGAAUGAACGCUUAAAGCCAGAGACGUCUAAAAAAGUUCGGCAUGAUGCGCCAAUAGAGGUCCGACCGGUUCCUUUUUUUUCUACGCCCAAAUGCAAUGGCAUUCCAAAACGCACUGUGGAUAAAUGAAACCUCUUUUUUUCCAUCUGUCUUCCCUGUUCAUCUCUAGUUUUUUCGCGAAGGAUCUCAUCAUAACCAUCUGUUGUAAUACUCAUAUCUCGUCCUUCCGUUUUCAUUACUAGCUAAUCCCAACUUGAAGCUUUGCAAAAAGGAAAGGUUAGAGUAGAGAAAAAAGAAGGGAAAGGGUAGUGAACGGGGUCGUGCUGAGGCUAAUUACUCCAGGCCGCAACCGGUUCAGAUCUUGCAGCUUUCUCAGCCCCUUGUCGUGUCUUCUUCCACGAAAUACGUGGACAACAGUUAUUUGUUCGACGACUUGCUCUUUUUUGCAUAUUUUUAUUCGAGAAUCAUGUUUUUUUAUAUAUACUAAUUUUUAUGAAGACUCCUCAGAACUUUUAUUUUUUUAGAAUAUUGCAUGACUUUCUUCAUUUAGUGAUUUAAAUACUAGGAUAAAUAGGAAUUUCAGUUUUAAUGUUUCUGGAAGGGUAAAAACCCCCCUUCUGUGAUUAAUAGACUAAAAGUAAGUUCUAUUCGUCUAGGCUCAACUUUAAAUUUGUGUAACCUUUUCUUUUCAAUUUUUUUUUGCGAAUUAUAAACUUUAUCAUACUGUUUUAUUUUUCCAUAAAUAUUUAAAAUUGAACCAAAUUAGAAAAAGCAUUAAUUUCUGGUAACUGGGCUAGUUUCUCUAAUAAAUGGUUCUCACAGAAAACUCAAUCAGAGUGGCAACGUCCAUAAAAAGGUGAAGUUUACGAGAAAAAAAAACUAUCGUAGAAACAUGACUCAGAGAACUUUAAGACGUUUGUUUGGCCCGAGAGUCGCGUUGUGGAAUUCCAAUCUUACUAUUUUACAAUAUUUUUAGCAUUCACUGGGUACGAACUAGUUAAAACGGGAUACUAUUCAAGAAUCAGGAAGAAAUUAGCCAUUUAUUAAAGAAUCUCGAGCAUACUAUCAACUUAUCUCGUUAUGCAUGAAUAUUGAUAAAACUUUCAAUUUUUCAUAAUUUUUCAUUUCUUUUACUACCAUUUUGACGGAAGAAUGCAAAAUGUUAAAAUAAUUGAACUUCUUUGGGGUUUUUGUUUCUGUUUUUUUCAAAGCAGCCGCAAUUUCCUUUUUUUGUAGCUUCUGAAAUAAAAAUUAUUUUUUUAUAAAAACACAAUCAUCAUUAUUUGAUUUUUGUGAAAACCAUUUCUUAAUUUUUUUUUCCCUUGCCUGUUUUGGAUUUCAGUAUCGUUUUACUAUGAUCCUCGAUGCUUGUGUGAGUCGGAAAAUCGUCAGAAAUACAUUCUUCACAUUUUUAUUCAACAUCCAAGUGUUCGAAUUCCAGAUUACCACUGCGUUCCGACUGAAAAUUGCAAAACAGAGGUCCGUCACCUUGCUUCAACAUCCACUGGGUACUUUUUGCAGUUUUUUUCAAGCUUUUGAAAAAUUUAAAUUUAAUUCAACAAGAAGCCCCUGGUUGAAACUUUGAUAAAACUAGGCUAAUUUUUCACUUUAAGAUCUUCUAUUCCAGAACAAAAAAAGAAAUUGUUAUUCUAAAAAAUCUAUUGCGAGAUGUCUUUUUUUCUUGUUCUGCAGUCAGGAGGCCUUUGGUACGAUUCAGUCAAGCUUCUCCAAAAAGGCCUGAAAAAGCUCCCUAAUAAACGUAAAAUGGAUUUCUAAGUUUCAGACUUAUAUUUUUGAAAUUUUUAACUCUGUACAGCUUCAUGUAGCUCCAUUCACCGCUAGUUUGGAAGAUAAAAGUUUAAAAUAGCUUCAUAUUUUUUUGAAGCUGAAUAUCUUCUUUUUGCCCACAGUUUUGCUAAUUUUUUUGGAAAAUUGCGUGAUGGAUUGUCUGUUGAACAAACUAUAAAAAAUCUGCUUUUCUUUCUCAAGAAAAAAUAAAGAUUUUCCUAUCUUCAGACGCCUUAAUUUUUCAGGAUGAACCCUAAACAGCUGUGCAAUCGGUGUGGGAAACAGGUGUAUCCGACGGACAAAGUCGGUCCUCUGAAAGACUCGGCUUAUUUCCAUCAAGGUCUUAUAACUUAUUAUGCAUUUUUGGACUGACUUCAUUUCAGGAUGCUUCAAGUGUUACAUUUGCGGAACUCGCCUCGCCUUGAAGACGUACUGCAACAAUCGGAACGACAUCAAUGAUAAGGUGAGCCUCAUCUAGGCCAUAAGACUCUGGGAACGAGUUUUGAAUGGCCUGUUCGAGUACUCCACGAUUGUGUGCGCGAUUUCAGGAAGUCUAUUGUGCAAAUCAUGUUCCGAUCGCCGGUCCUCACGAUCUGCCGCUCACCGGCACCCGGACGACCGUCGAAACUAACAACAACAACAAAAGUGAAAACUACAGAAGGUGUCGACCGUCGCUUCCUCAAUGGGCAUAACGGCGAUUUCAGAGAUGCCGGUCUCAAUGACAUGAAAAUCGCCCAUGCGAUGAAGGCAACUCAGGUCGCCAAGCCUUACCCAAAGAUCAACCACGAAGGCGCUCAUUACGUCGUUGUGAGUUGUUCAAAAAGCCUUGCAUUGAUGUCUCUUGUGUCUCAUACGAUUUUCAACAAUUUUAAAAAAUAUGAUAAGAUAAGGAAGCUUAUUGAGAAUUUCCUGACAAAACCGUUUUUGUGUAAGGUUUCCCAUUUCCUACAAGCUCGCACUUUUUAAAGGUCCAGAGGGAAGUUGACCACUAACAGACUUGUAAUCAUCGAAUAAAUAAAGUUUUGUAGCAAUUUUGAGGAACUUUCCACUGAAAUGACCUUUUUUGGAGUUCAGUUUCAAAUUUUUUUAUGAGUGGUAGUUUGAAAGAAAUUUUAUUUUAUGAUCUGUAUUUUGAACUUCUUUUAGCCUUCUCGCUGAUUUGAAGUCUAUAACGCCUUAGAGUUUGUAUUUUGACAAUUGCGAGUAAAAAAAGGUCUUACUAGUUAGAGAUGUCAUUCCCCUGAAGGCAAAUGGUUUUUUUCUCUAUUUUAUCCCUAAAAAGAAGACUUUGAAUGUUUUUUUGAACGUUUUUUUCUAUAAUUAAUAUUUCAGGACUAUGACGCGCAAACGCGACUCGAACUUCUGCACAGAAGAGACGAGGACCAACUUUACGAGACGUUUCAACACCGACGUGCCGAGGAGAGCGAACAGUUUGAAAACGAGACGCGGGUCUGUUCUUCUUCCGAGAAGGCUGUUUCAACGGAGUAUCUUUCAAGGAAGAAUGGGAGAAAGCCUUGGCUGACUUCGCGAAAAAGUUCGAGAAGGGGCAGGCGGCAGCCAAGAGCAAGGACGACCUUAUCAGACAGCUCACAAUCAAAAGGGAGAAAAAACUGGAAACUCUUCAUACAAAGAGACGGGUUCGUUAUUGUCGAUUCAAUAGUUUCCAAACAAUCUGAGCAUAUAAAUUCAAGUUUCGGAGUCGAAUCUUUUCAGGAGAGGGAAAGGCAUCAAACGGCCGAGCUGGUCGAUCGUCAAGCCAAAGAAAUGCUCGACCUCUUCAAAGCUUCUCGUUCCGUGAGUGGAACUCCUUAUGAAAAUUUCAAAAAAUCUGAUUUCAGGAGUACUGUAGUGACCAGUAUCCGUCGACACCACCGCCGCCCAUGCCGCCCACCUGCAGCAAGCAAGAGAUCUACACGUCUACAGAGUUCUUCUCGGUGAGAAAGCCAAGGCAGCGAAGGGACGGAAAACAGCUUUGCAGUCGGUCGACGAGGUGGCGAUGCACUGCGCAAGGCACGAAGUCGCCUCAUUCACCGACUUGAUAAGGACUUUGAGCAGUGGAGCUCGUUCCGAUGUCGACAUUGCCAGGUUCCAGACAAGGAAUCCAACUUCUAACCAGCUUUCCAGGGCCAUCUAUCGCUGGAUCACGAUUAAAAACUUGAACACGAUGAUCUUCGACGAGUCGGUCCAGAGCGACACUCCGAUGGGCCUUCUCCGCGGUAUCAAGUACGGAACCGAGAGCUAUCAUGUACUUUUCAAGAGGCUCUGCAGGUUCGUGGCCACACUAGAAUUUUAGCUUGAAUAAAAUUUUCCACGAGAGAGGGAAAAAGGCGCAGUUUGAAAGUUUGAUGCAACUUUGCUCGGAUGUACUGAGACCUUUUUUUAGACUCUGAGAAAGAAUUUACAAUUUUUGCCUUCCAGUCAGGUUGUGGGACCUCUGUAAUGAAAACCUGGCGCGCUCCGGACUUGCUGAGAAAUUCAAGGGAUCAUUUCAGAGGGCUGACGCUACUAAAGGGGUCACUAUAAAUGCUCCGACACGUCCGCGUAGUUCGAUUCUCCUUCUGAUUUUUCUUUUGACCUUUUCCUAGAGGAUAUUGAUUGAAAAGAAUUGCCAAAGUGCCUUAGAUUUUAGUUUUGACAUAACUUUUUCAUCAAAAAAAAAUUUUUCAUCGAUCUGUAAUUUGAUAGUAACAUCAGUGAUUAUCCUCAAAAAGUUUCAACUAAAAACCAUAUUUAGGUUUAUCGAAUCGGGAAAUUUUAGAACACGAUGCAGCGAAUUUUCAUCAAAAUCCAAAAUUUUUAGUUAUUUUCAAUGAUCACUUUUACAGUUACGCUGGGCUACAUUGCGUUGUCAUAAAAGGCUUUUCGAAAUCAGCAGGCUAUCAGCCCGGUUAUUCGUUCGACGACCAUCGUUUCAGGCAAGUUUCCAAUAUUAAUUCAAUUUAAAGCUGUAUUCCCAUUCUUUCUUCUUUCAUCACAAUAGUUUUUAGAAACACGUGGAACGCUGUAUUUCUGGAUGGCUCGUGGCGUUUUGUCCAGUGCAAUUGGGGCGCAAGACAUUUGGUGUGAGUUGCGCCAGAAGCUGUUUCUUGAAUAUCAUAUUUUGCUUAAACUGUGAUUGAUUUGAGAAGUAAUCAUUUGAAGGAACGCUAAAGAUGGAACUCACGAGGCGAAAUCAGAUGGAAAUCUUCGGUACGAGUACGACGAUCACUACUUCAUGACCGAUCCUGAGGUUCGAACCAAAUCGUUCGUUUCGAACCGAAAAGUGCAGGAAUUCAUCUACGAGUUCUACCCGUCGGAGCAGGCUUGGCAGCUCUUGCCGCACCCUCUCAGCCUCGAUCAGUUCGAGAGAAUUCCUUUCGUGAGAUCGCUCUUUUUCAAGUACGACCUCGCCUUCACAGACCCGCGCCUUGAAAGCACCAUUUACGUGAGUCUUUGCUCAGCGGUACUCAUCCAUCAUUGACUUCACAAACGUCACAAACAUCAACUGAGAAUUCGAUUUUUUCUCUUUUUCAGUGAAUCUAAACUAUUAAAACGUGCUAGAAUUGAAUAAAGGUCAGAAUCGGGGCUUCAGAGAACGAUAAAACUUGAUUGCUUUCAAAAAAAGAGCAGGCAUCGGCCAAAAGGUGUCAGUUACGAAGAAAACAAACUAUUUAAUAGUUUGAACAAAAAAAAAAUUUUAAAAUCAAGAAAGUGGCUAUUUACGAUUUUAUGUUGUGUGUUAACUGAGAAUUCAAACUUCUGAAGGCUCAUCUAGGAAGCGUGCCAGACACUUUUAAAAAAAAAGUCAAGAAUCGGGACUCCGGGAAACAAUAAAACUAGGUUUUUUCAAAAACAGAACAGAGAGCGGCCGAAAGCUUUCGGCUUUUUACUUUCGAAAGUAAUAGGUUACAAAUAGAAAGUCUGUCAAUCCCAUAAAAAUAAUAAAAUCGAAAAGUCAUUCUUCACCUGAUUCAAUAUUGCUCAAAAACGAAUGUUGAAAGUCAAAACGCUAUGUUCAUAUAACGAUUUUUUCAAGGAAGCAAAUAUUAGGGUGGCAUGAAAGAAAUGCGGCUCGUUUUUGUCGGCUUCUAAUUCAUCCAAGAAGCAAUAUUAUUUAGAACGGUAUUUUUUGUCGAAAAGGGCUUGUCCUUGUGCGCCAUUGGAUAUAUAGUUUGCUGACUUUCAUUCCGCCUUUCUAUAAGAAAAAAAUAGCUCUGAAAAACUUUCUUUCAAAAAAACUAUAUUCGCGGACCUAGUUUUUCGCGUUAUUUCAAAAAAAGUACAAAUCAAAUUCAGAAGCUUGGCACCUUUCAAUAUUAUGAUCACCAUUGAUGCUUUUUUCUGAUAGUUAACAUUUUGAAUUGCUUUAGCGCUAUUCACUAGGCGAAAAGACCUUUGAAAUCAAAAAACACGGAAAAAUCGACGAUAAAGGCGAUUUUAAAAGGCCAUUAGACUGGAUCUACAACAGACGCCUGUGAAACUGGCUCUUCAGUUAAUACACACCCAUAGCUGCAAGAGAAAACAGUUUUAUUACGCAACGGAGUGCAAAAAGGAGAAAUGAAAAAUGGGUUCACAAUAUCGCUUUUUCGCUUUUUUGCGAAAAUGUGUUAGCCCAAAAUCAGAAAAAUUGUUCUGCAAAUUUCUGCUUUUCCGCUACAAUGCUCAGACAUGGCUCUUCGCAUUUAUCAUCUGUCCGAAUCAUUGGAUCGCUAAACAGCCAAAAAAAAAUUGAAAAACUCCGAUAAAGUCCAAAUUUGGGGGUGCAACUUCUUUGACUCGUAGGCGGCCCAGUUUGUCAGAGAGAGUAUCCAUUCUCUGCGUGAGCAUUGUUGACAAGGUGCUAAUACAGAUGGGAAUUACAGUUCGAAUAGAUUUCUGGGAACCUUGUUUUUAUGAUAAAAUUAAAUUUACAUCAAAAACACGCAUUUCUUUCCUGCCACCCUAAUAACUUGAUUUUGUAAUAGACUUGACUUGAAAAUUUUUUUCCAGACAGAUCGAACGGGCGCAGCUACAGUUUCUAUUCGCCUCCCGUCAAAUGGCGAUUCGCUCAUUUUUCAUUAUAACUUGAAAUUUUUCGAUUCUGAAGAAACUACGAUCAAUGGACUGUCACUGAAAAGAUUCGUCAUGCAAUCCGUCACAGACGACGUAAGACUAAAUCCUAACUGAAAAAUAGCUUUUGAAAAAAAAGGUUGAUCUUGACUUUUUUUCGUUUUGAAAUAUUCCGAUAAAACGUUUAGAAGUAGAAAAAUAAAAUCAAAUGUUACUUAAAUAGCGCAAUCCCCAUAAUAAGUUAACAUUCGUUUAUAUAAUUCACUACUCCAGCUAGUAAAUUUGUGAAAAAUGAGCAACUUCAGAUUGUCACGUUCCGAGUACACGCGCCUUCCACACGACCGCUGCUUUUAGACAUUUUUGCCAAUUCGGUCACUUCAGGAGCUUAUUUGACAGGCCAACCCAUCAAAUUCAAGAGUGUUUGCAAGUUCAAAGUGAAUCUAUAAUGGUUUAUAAGUAAUAAAAAUAUCAAAUUUCAAGGUUAUUUGCGAAUCUUUGCAAGUCAUCAUGGUGCCGUUGCCUGAGUGCGCAUCAGGUAUAUUUAUUUCUUUACUUUUAAUUCCAAAAAGUUUCCAACUACCACACAGGAAAAUUGCAGGUGAAUGGGGUCCGGCAAAAGCGACGCGACUUUUCGGACUUUUGGCAGCUUCUCAUCCGGAAGCAAUCAUUAACACUGGGCGACAUGCGGAAAUUCGAUUCAGGUAUUAGAAUGAAGAAAUUUUCGUGAUAACUUUCCCCAAUCGAUGAUUUAGAACUAUAAUAAUUUUUUUGCCUCCUAGGUAAAAAAACUGGUCUCUUCGAACUUCGUACCUAAUGUUCUUUUUAUUAGAUAUAAUAUAAAAAUAUUUUUCAAUGUUCAUCUCUGUGAGCAGAAUAAAAAAAUUCAUUUUAAAAAUGAAAUUUUCGUCUCAGGAUGACUCGUCCACUCUCUGAGUUUGUUGCCUCAUUACAUCGUAACCGAACAGAAGACAGAGCUCUGCAAAACUGUACUCGAACUACUCUGAGAGGAGAUGUUGUGAGUUCAAAUCGUUGGGGAAGACAGAAAUUGAAAAAUGGAUAUUACAGGUGUCUAUUCAAAUCGAGUUCCCGGAAGAAGGUCAGUACGGACUAGAUAUCUACACAAGGCAGGAUGAUCAACUUAUUAAUGGAAAACAAUUGCUAACUCACUGCUGCAAAUAUUUAAUCCAUUCUCGGUACUCUUAA